UCAGCCGGACUGGGAGUCCGAGGCGGCGAUCGCCGACCAGGCGGCAGCCGGGGUCCGGGCUCGCUCCGAGGGCGCGGCGAGGCGGAGGGGGCGGGCACCGGGCGGAGCCGGAGCCGGAGUCGCGGUGCCUGGAGGAGAUCGGGCCGCGCGCUGCGAGCACCGAGUAGCGGAGAGGCCGCGCGGCGCGGGCCAGGGCCCGAACGCAGUCCCCGGACGCAGGAGGCCGGAGCGCAGUCGCGGCCUGAGCAGCGGGAACGCGUCCGGGACCCGCCGCAGGGACCCCCAGACCGGCCGCUCCCGGGCCAUGCGCGCUGCUCGCUGAGAGCCGGAGAGGCCGCGAUGGAGGCGCCAGCGGGAGAGUCAUCGGCGCGGGGCAACUGCCCCCCGCCUGCACCCGCGCCCCCCACGGAAAGGAAGAAGAGCCACCGCGCGCCGUCGCCAGCCCGGCCCAAGGACGUGGCCGGCUGGUCUCUGGCCAAGGGCCGCCGUGGCACAGGCCCGGGCGCCGCUGCAGCCUGUGGCGCCGCGUCCUCGGCGAGGCCGGACAAGAAGGGGCGCGCGGUGACGCCCGGAGCCCGGGGCGCGGGGCCGCGGGUGGCCGGGGUGCGCACGGGGGUCCGCGCUAAGGGCCGCCCUCGUCCGGGUACCGGGCCGCGCCCGCCGCCGCCGCCCCCCAGCCUCACCGACAGCAGCUCCGAGGUGUCGGACUGCGCGUCGGAGGAGGCGCGCCUGCUGGGCCUGGAGCUGGCGCUGAGCAGCGACGCCGAGUCUGCGGCGGGUGGCCCGGCGGGGACCCGCACCGGGCAGCCACCCCAGCCCGCGCCGUCGGGGCAGCAGCCUCCGCGGCCGCCCACCUCCCCGGAUGAGCCGUCGGUGGCCGCAUCGUCGGUGGGCAGCAGUCGCCUGCCACUCAGCGCCUCGCUUGCCUUCUCCGACCUCACCGAGGAGAUGUUGGACUGCGGGCCCGGCGGCUUGGUGCGGGAGCUGGAAGAGCUGCGCUCCGAGAACGACUAUCUCAAGGAUGAGAUCGAAGAGCUGCGGGCUGAGAUGCUGGAAAUGCGGGAUGUCUACAUGGAGGAAGAUGUGUACCAGCUACAGGAGCUGCGGCAGCAGCUGGACCAAGCCAGCAAGACCUGUCGCAUCCUGCAGUACCGACUGCGUAAAGCUGAGCGCCGCAGCCUCCGUGCUGCCCAGACAGGCCAGGUGGAUGGUGAGCUCAUCCGUGGUCUGGAGCAGGAUGUCAAGGUCUCUAAGGACAUCUCCAUGCGGCUUCAUAAGGAGCUGGAGGUGGUGGAGAAGAAGCGGAUGAGGCUGGAGGAGGAGAACGAGGGGCUUCGGCAGAGGCUCAUCGAGACGGAGCUGGCCAAGCAGGUGCUGCAAACAGAGCUGGAUCGUCCCAGAGAGCAUUCCUUGAAGAAAAGAGGAACCCGAUCUCUGGGGAAGACAGAUAAGAAGCCCACUGCACAGGAGGACAGCGCAGAUCUGAAAUGCCAGCUGCAUUUCGCAAAGGAGGAAUCGGCCCUCAUGUGCAAGAAACUCACCAAGCUGGCCAAGGAGAACGACAGCAUGAAAGAGGAGCUGCUCAAAUACCGCUCCCUCUAUGGGGACCUGGACGCAGCCCUGUCUGCAGAAGAGCUGGCUGAUGCUCCGCACUCCCGUGAGACAGAGCUGAAGGUGCACCUGAAGCUGGUGGAGGAGGAGGCCAACCUGCUGAGCAGGCGUAUCGUGGAGCUGGAGGUGGAGAACCGGGGCCUCCGGGCCGAGAUGGAUGACAUGAAGGACCAUGGGGGCGGCGGUGGCCCCGAGGCCCGGCUGGCUUUCUCCGCUCUGGGUGGUGGUGAGUGCGGGGAGAGCCUGGCCGAGUUGCGGCGCCACCUGCAGUUCGUGGAAGAGGAGGCAGAACUGCUGAGGCGCUCCUCGGCGGAGCUGGAGGACCAGAACAAGUUGCUGCUGAACGAGCUGGCCAAAUACCGUUCUGAGCACGAGCUGGACGUCACGCUGUCGGAAGACAGCUGUUCGGUGCUCAGUGAGCCCUCGCAGGAGGAGCUAGCAGCUGCCAAACUGCAGAUCGGCGAGCUCAGCGGCAAGGUUAAGAAGCUGCAGUAUGAGAACCGCGUUCUCCUCUCCAACCUGCAGCGCUGCGACCUGGCCUCCUGCCAGAGCACACGCCCCAUGCUGGAGACAGACGCUGAGGCCGGGGACUCCGCACAGUGUGUGCCUGCCCCUCUGGGCGAGGCGCUGGAGCCCCACACUGCCCGGCUCUGCAGGGCCCGCGAGGCUGAGGCGCUGCCUGGGCUGAGGGAGCAGGCCGCCCUGGUCAGCAAGGCCAUUGACGUCCUGGUGGCUGAUGCCAAUGGCUUCUCGGUUGGCCUCCGCCUGUGCCUGGACAACGAGUGUGCAGACUUGCGGUUGCACGAGGCACCUGAUAACAGCGAGGGCCCCAGGGAUGCCAAGCUCAUCCAUGCCAUCCUGGUGCGGCUGAGCAUGCUGCAGCAGGAACUGAACACUUUCACACGCAAGGUGGAUGUGGCCUUGGGGAGCUCUGGCAAGGAGCAGCCAGAGUCCUUCCCUGCGCUGCCCGCCUUGGGCUCCCAGGGGCCCUCUAAGGAGAUCAUACUGGCCAAAGACCUUGGCUCCGACUUCCAGCCAUCUGACUUCAGAGACUUGCUGGAAUGGGAUCCUAGGAUCCGGGAGGCCUUCCGUGCUGGUGACUUGGACUCCAAGCCUGACCCCAGUCGGAACUUCAGGCCUUAUCGAGCUGAAGAUAAUGAUUCCUAUGCCUCUGAGAUCAAGGAGCUUCAGCUGGUUCUGGCCGAGGCUCACGACAGCCUCCGGGGCUUGCAAGAGCAGCUGUCCCAAGAGCGUCAGCUCCGGAAAGAGGAGGCUGACAGCUUCAACCAGAAAGUAGUCCAGCUGAAAGAAGACCAGCAGAGAGCGCUGCUGAGGCGGGAGUUUGAGCUGCAGAGUCUGAGCCUCCAAAGGAGGCUGGAGCAGAAAUUCUGGAGCCAGGAGAAGAACAUACUGGUACAGGAAUCCCAGCAGUUCAAGCACAACUUCCUGCUGCUCUUCAUGAAGCUCAGGUGGUUCCUGAAGCGCUGGCGGCAGGGCAAGGUUCUGCCCCACGAGGAGGAUGACUUCCUGGAGGUGAACAGCAUGAAGGAACUGUAUCUGCUGAUGGAGGAAGAAGAGAUGAACGCCCAACACUCCGAUAACAAGGCCUGCACAGGGGACAGCUGGACCCAGAACACGCCUAACGAGUACAUCAAGACCCUGGCCGACAUGAAGGUCACACUGAAGGAGCUAUGCUGGCUGCUCCGGGAUGAGCGUCGGGGUCUGACUGAACUUCAGCAGCAGUUCGCCAAGGCCAAGGCCACGUGGGAGACAGAGCGGGCAGAGCUCAAGGGCCAUGCCUCGCAGAUGGAGCUGAAGGCUGGGAAGGGCGCCAGCGAGAGGCCCGGGCCUGACUGGAAGGCUGCACUGCAGAGGGAGCGGGAAGAGCAGCAGCACCUCCUGGCCGAGUCCUACAGCGCCGUCAUGGAGCUGACACGGCAGCUGCAGAUGAGCGAGCGCCACUGGAGCCAGGAGAAGCUGCAGCUGGUGGAGCGGCUGCAGGGCGAGAAGCAACAGGUGGAGCAGCAGGUGAAGGAGCUGCAGAACCGCCUCAGUCAGCUGCAGAAGGCUGCCGAACCCUGGGUCCUGAAGCACUCAGACCUGGAGAAGCAAGACAACAGCUGGAAAGAGACACGAAGUGAGAAGACCCACGACAAGGAGGGUGUUUCUGAAGCUGAGCUUGGGGGAACCGCCUUAAAGAGGACCAAAUCAGUUUCCUCCAUGUCUGAGUUUGAAAGUUUGCUCGACUGUUCCCCCUACCUUGCUGGUGGAGAUGCCCGGAGCAAGAAGCUGCCCAACAGCUCUGCUUUUACCUUUGUGAAUACCGAAUCGGUGGAGCCUGAGAAAGACGCCAAGGAAAAGUCUGGGCUUUCCACCCGGGACUGCAGCCGUGUGGGUACCCUGGCCUGCCAGGAGCCUGCAGGGAGGCAGAUGCAGCGCAGCUACACUGCUCCAGACAAGACGGGCAUACGAGUCUACUAUAGUCCCCCAGUGGCCCGGCGCUUGGGUGUCCCUGUGGUCCAUGACAAGGAGGGCAAGAUCCUCAUUGAACCAGGCUUCCUCUUUACCACAGCCAAGCCCAAGGAGUCAGCCGAGGCAGAUGGACUGGCCGAGAGUUCCUAUAGCCGGUGGCUUUGCAACUUCUCCCGGCAGCGCCUGGAUGGAGGAUCUGGGGGCAACACCUCGGCUUCUGGACCUGCUUUCCCGGCAGCCCUGCAUGACUUUGAGAUCUCGGGCAACAUGAGCGACGACAUGAAGGAGAUCACCAACUGCGUGCGGCAGGCCAUGCGCUCUGGCUCACUGGAGAGGAAGGUAAAGAGCACAUCCAGCCAGACAGUGGGCCUGGCCAGUGUGGGCACACAGACCAUUCGGACGGUCAGUGUGGGCCUGCAGACUGACCCGCCCCGCAGCAGCCUCCAUAGCAAGAGCUGGUCACCCCGCAGCUCCUCUCUCAUGUCAGUACGCAGCAAGCAGAUCUCCUCCUCCCUGGACAAGGUCCACUCGCGCAUUGAGCGGCCAUGCUGCUCGCCCAAAUAUGGCUCACCCAAGCUCCAGAGGCGAUCAGUGUCCAAGCUGGACAGCACCAAGGACCGCAGCCUGUGGAACCUGCAUCAAGGCAAGCAAAAUGGCUCCGCCUGGGCCCGCUCCACAACCACGCGGGACAGCCCAGUGCUGAGGAACAUCAACGAUGGGCUGUCCAGCCUUUUUAGCGUGGUGGAGCACUCAGGGAGCACGGAGUCUGUCUGGAAACUGGGCAUGUCUGAGGCCCGAACCAAGCCCGAACCUCCCAAGUAUGGCAUUGUACAGGAGUUCUUCCGGAACGUGUGUGGCCGGGCCCCGAGCCCCACGACUGCAGCAGGAGAUGAGAGUUCCAAGAAACCAGAACCCCUUUCCCCUGCCAGCUACCAUCAACCUGAGGGCGUAGCCAGGAUCCUGAAUAAGAAGGCAACCAAGGCAGGUGGUAGUGAAGAGGUCAGACCCACUAUGCUUUCCCAGGUGGGGAAGGAUGGUGCCCUUCGGGAUGGAGAUGGAGCCUUAAUUCUUCCCAGUGAGGAUGCUGUUUGUGACUGUAGUGCCCAGUCUCUGGCCUCUUGCUUCGUCCGGCCAUCCCGCAACACCAUCCGACACUCUCCUUCCAAGUGCAGGCUGCAUCCUUCAGAGUCAGGCUGGGUCGGGGAGGAGAGGGCAACCCCCCAGUGAGUCACAGAGCAGCCAAGCUCCCCGCCUCAAGCAGCCUAGACCCUGGAGAUGAGGCAAGGGGUCACGUCCUCAGCCUCGCUCUGCCUGGGAGGAACAGCAGCUAUGCCACUGCCAGAGAAGAGUUUUUCAAGGUAAAGCAGGGUGUCCCACUGACUGCUGGGAGGUGACCUCUGAUUUCCAGGGGAAGGCAGUGAGUAGAAGAAAAGACCAACCUGGGUGAUCAGGACUGGGCUUCCCAAGCACCUGAAGAACGCCACACGUCAUCUCUGGAUCCUGAAGGGGGCCUGGCACCACCCACACCACUCCUUAGGAUCCAGAAAGGAGGCAUUUCUGGGCAAUCUCCAGGAAUGUGGCUCACAGAGAUACACCCUAUUGACCGCAUGUGGAGAAGCCACUGAGAAGAUUGGGGCUUUGCUUGGGGCCCAGCUUGAAGCUCUUGAAAGAGCUGGCCUGGGCAGUGUGACCAUCGUUGCUUCUUUCCUCCUCCCAGCUUUACUGAUCAGGUUGCUGGGCCUUCUUGGAGCAGGGAAGGGGGAUAUGAUAGAGCAGAACCAAGUCCACUUGGAAUCCUGGAGCCCUGGAUCCCCCUGCCUGUACCUCCAUGUAGCAAGAGCUGGGGGGCAGGUAAGAGUGUGUUAGGUUCCAGUGGAGGUCAGAAGAGCUGACUCCCUUGUCAAGGUGUCUUGAAGGCCCAACUUGCAUAGCAGACUCCUUGAGAACAGAAAUGGGUAGGGUCCCUCUCAAUACCUGAUGCAGAGGUAAAAGCCUACAUGCCUUGCCUUGAUUCCCUAGGGCCUCUUUCUUGGUAGCAGGGAUGGGUGCCACAAUCCUGCAUGAAGGAGGGGGCAGAGAUGCUCCCUGGGAGAGACUCUGUUGUUCAGGUCAGGCCAGAGAGCACCAAGAGGCCAGUGGCCCAUGACACAGCCCGAGACAAGGGCCUACAAACAUUUCUUGCCUAGAUUGUUUAUUUGAAUUUUUCAUACUAUAAAUAUUUAAGGUGAUUUAUUUUAAUAAUUUAACUUACUGCCUCCCCCCCCAAUCCCUUAAGGUAAUUUAUUAGAGAUAUUCUUGCCACUGGGACAACGUGGGGCUUGUGACACCAUGGGGUCCCCCAUGUGGCUGAGGCAGCUCAGCACCAGGCUCAGAUGGCCUGGUCUCGUCAGGAGGGCCCCUUGGCAGAACUGGGGCUCUGCACCUUGUUUCCCCAAUACCACUGGCCAUUUAGUCUCAGAUGGCUAUGUUUUACUCAUCACCCGGUACUUGGCCUGGCCGCUACAGGCCAGCUUGUGAAUGCUUCAGACAUGGUGUAGGCCAGAAUGAUGUCAUCACUCCACAGACAUCCUUCAUGAUCCCUCGCAUCCCUCCCGGUCCUCCAGCACCUUUCCUCACAAGUCAGACGUAGAUGACUGCAGCUCUCUUCUGAGCACAGCGACCCCCUCCGUGCGCCUGUGUAAGAACUCGCAGGAAAACAGGAUGGACUUCUAGAAUGUUCUCUAUUGCAGCUUUGCACAUGGAUCUGAGAGUGUCUACCAGCCUGCCAGCCUGUUCACCAGCCCUUCUCUUAGCCUUAUAGCCACUCAUGGCUCUUCUUCUAGCCCCAGCUCUACUGCCUGUCCUUCCUACGCCCCCCAGGAGUUGCCUGAGCCACACCAGUGUAACUCGAACUGCAGUAGAGGGAGCUCACCUGCCUCCCCUUGGUGCCAAUGAUGCGCUGCUCUCCUCUUCCUGGCUGGGGAUUCAGACUCAUCCGAGGAUGAAUUGGCUUCUGUGCAGAGUUUCCCAUCAGGAAGGCAGAGAGCCAACUGCAGAGGUAGUUUCCUCCAGGACCAGGGAGAUGCCUCUGCUCUCCCACCUACCGGUUUCCAGGUUACCUCUUUAGGGACACCUGGAACAGUUACCCAAAGCCCCUUGACCCCAUUCCCUAUGGGCAGUAUAGCAGGGUCAGUCCCUCACACCAGCUGUUGCCUCGUGUCCUAAUGACUUGCGCAGGCAGAGUCAGCAGGCCGGUGGAUCAUGGGCCAGUUCCCUCCAGGAUGCUCCUGCUCUCCUCUAAGAGGUCAGAGGCCCCUCUAAGGUUAUCUCCAGCUGAGGGGACCACAUCAGGCCACAAGUCACCAGAGGCCUUCUGCCACCUCCCAGAGCUGCUGAGAGCCAGGGAGUCUUGAAGAAAAGCCCCCUAGACCUGAACCCCAGGGCUUAGGGGCCACUCAGCCUUACCAUCUGUCCCACCUGUCCCAUCUGUCCCAUCUGGGUCGUCGUGCAUUCCCACGUCUCAGCACCUGGCCCCCACGGCCCCCAGCAGGUGUUGCAAGCGCCAAGUCUUGGUUUUCAGUCCCUGUUUCUAAUUCUUGCUUGCCACUGUGCAAGGCCACCUGUCAUUGUCCCCAUAGAAGCCUCUGUACACAGGGCUCAAUGGGGUUGAAAAUGUUACAUGUAAAUAUUGGUUUGGUUUGAUCUUUAGCAUUUUACUUGGUAACUGGUUCUGUUUUCUUUUGGGGGGUGGAAGGGUUGGUUUGUAAAUCUCUCUACUCUUUUGAAAUGUAAUUUCUAAGUUUGUUUGUUUCUUCAAAUGCCUUUUAUGUCUUGGUAACAUUCCCAAAGCAGAAAACUGCCUGGCUUACAUGGGGUACUCCCCCUGGAGGCCUGGGGUCAUGGGAAGGAGCAACACCCUUCCUCCCAAUCCAUCCUCUUUCUGUUCACCUCCAUCUUUCUCCUUUUCCUUCAGCCCUCUACUUCCUUUUCCUCUCUCUCUCUCUCUCUCUCUCUCUCUCUCUCUCUCUCUCUCUCUCCCAGUGUCCCAAAGGAACCUUGGGCCCUAGUCCUCUAAUAGAUUGCCUGGCUUGGGCCCACAGGGUUGACACAGAUUGGCUGGGGGCAUGAGGGUGAAUUGCAUGAUUGACACUAAUCUAUGUCUCACAUCUUCCUGGGGAUAAACCAAAUUAGACCGUCUUGGAGGCAAUGGUGAUGGGUUUUGAAAUGAAAUUCAGAACCCUUGAGACCCCCUGACCGAACAAGGAGAAUCCAUUUCCCUUUGCCCUGUAGCCUUCUUCCCAAUCCUUAUCCUACCAAGGCUUGUUCUCCAGGAGCUCAAAUUGGGCCCUAUCUCUUGUCUUCUCCAGGGAUGUUCAUCUACCAGCAGGCUUCCAGGUGACAAAAAUAAGCACUCAAAAAACUUGACCUUCUGGACACUACUAUGCCACUCCCUGUAUCUUUCGUGGAUGCGUCAGUCACUCAGCUUUGUCUCUUGCCCAGAGACCCUUCCCCCACCUGCCUCUGGAGUGCUGGGAUUAAAGGCGUGCAUCACCACUGCUCAAGGGCAGCUCUUAAGAGGCUUUUUGACAGUCCAGGGCUUAGCGAUCUCAUUCUACAGUUCUCAUGCCGGAGCCUGGAACCAGGAAGAUUUCUGCCUUACAGCGGGACUCUUGCCUGCUUUCUGUACAGACUCACUGGGACGCUGGCUAGGGUCAGGGCAUCCCAAAUUUGCCACUGCCGAACCCAGAGGCAAGACUUGCAACUCUCUGAACCUUUGGGGUUAGCUCUCUGGGAGAUCCGUAUGCAGCAGUGACUGGUGUUUACACUCACGGGUCCAACCAUUCACAGCUGAUACUUGGUGAGCCAGUGCUCAUGGUGCUAGGUCCUUGACAAGAGCCCUGAGCACUGAACUGGAAUACUGGGGACAGGGGUGUCUCAGCCAAACUCAGCUUUGGGUAAAUUGCCAAAGAUUUCCAAAGGGCACAAAAAACAGUGUUUCACCUUAGUCACGUGUUUCGUGAAAUAACCAAGCUAGAAGUGUUGAGGCUGAUGGCGGCACAGCCCUUUCAUCGCAGCUACUCAGGAGGCUGAAGCAGGAGGAUCAAGUUCAAAGCCUGCUUGGGCUAAAGAGUGAGUUCAUGGUCAGCCUGGGCAGUUUUCUGAGGCCUUGUCUCAAAAUGAAGAUUUUAGAAAGUGCUGGGUAGCUCAGUGGUAGAUGCUUGCUUAGCAUGUGUGAGGCCCUGGGUUCUUUCCCUAGUAUUGGAAAACAAAGAAAAUGAGAAAAUCAAAGGAUGAGGACUGGGGACAUGUAUGUCAGUAAUAGAGCACUUGCCUAGCAUAGAAGAAAAAGAAAAUUUUUCCCCAAUCUACCCACUAUAAUCCCCAUAAUUACACAAUUUAAAUUAUACUGCCCCCCCCCUUUUUGUCUGUUUUUUGUUUUCAGACAUGAUCAUGCUAUGUAUCCUGGCAGAUCUGGGAAUUGCUAUUUUGACCUUAAAUUUGUAAUUCUCCUGUCUCUGCCUCCCAAGUUUAAUGAAUUAAUGAUUAAUAGGCAUGCGGCACCAUCCACAGCCUUAAAUUUCAUUCUUGAGUUCCCUGGCAAUCGCGGUAAGACGAGAAGCCUUUAUCGUUUCCAGCCAUCUGUCAUGUGAGGCAAGCGUGUUUGCUCAGAGAGACUGAUGUGGAAGCGUGAGUUCUUUCCUCGAAGAUCGAGGAGCUGCUUGAUUUGCCCAAGAUAAAGCCUGUUUUCCGGGUGACUGUUUUAUAAAAUAAUAAACUGCUACCAACUUGAAUGACCUUGGCCAAAUCACAUAGCUAGUCUAUGCCUCAGUUUCCCCAGCUACAGAGUGGUGGCUAUGCCAAAGACCAAAUAUAUCAUGCCCGUUCAUCUCCUAAGAAAAGCUGGCAUUCUAUCAAAUCUGAAGUGAAACUGAGCACUCUCAGAGGCAUCGAGGCGCUCGGUGCCCUGGCUCUGGGGGUGGUGUGUACCUCCUUCUCUCAUUGGCCUUAAAAUAAAUAGAAGGGACCACAAGAGAAUCUCAGUCACCAUGCUCACAUUUUAAAAUGCUACUGUAGUCCUUUUAAGUGUGUGUGUGUGUGUGUGUGUGUACACAUGCUAGGAAUGAGACCCAGCAUGUGAGAGAAGCACUUUUUUAAAAAGCAUUUUUAUUUAGAGACAGGGUCUCCUGUAUCAUCAGUUGGGCUCCAAGUCACUGUAUAGCCCAGGAUGACUUGAGCUUCCAAUCUUCCUGUCCAUCUCCGUUGGCAUUUGCCAUAACCCCUGGCCUUAGUGUCUUUCAUGUACAUUCACAGUAUUGUGUCACCACUACUAGCUCCAGAACUUUUUCUUGGUCCCAAACUGAAAUUUCACCCCCUCGUAAUAAUAACUGACCCAUAGACAAUAAUUCCCACCCUUGCCCCAGGGAUGAAUGACCUCUGCUCUAUUUCCUUCCUUUUUACACUGGCCUGUUUUAGGUACUUGUGUAGGCAGAAUCCAACAUUUAUCCAUUGUGUCUCACCCAUCCACGUUUUACACGUGGAGAAGGGAAUGGCUUGCCCAAGGCCUCACAGCAAGGCAGAGAUGGAGGUAGCUACCAGCACAUCCCAGAGCUCCUGGCUCUCAGUAGAUUCUCUUAGGUCUUGGCUGAAUCCACAUCUUCCCUCCUCACCUCCACCCCCUCCUUUAUCAUCAUCCAUAUCAUCAUCUCUAUAUUAUCUCUUCCUGCCACCACUUCCUGGCUGGUUUCUGCCACCAGAUGAAGUGGUCCUAACCUAGGACCAGAUUUUCUUCUCUGGGACCCUGGGAUUUUUACAACACCAGCCCUCAGCCCUCCCAUGUCCUCUGGUACACUCUUCCCUCUUCUGUACGGACUUUUGUCUGACCUUGGCCAUCUCCUCCCUAGCCCUACAAACUCAUUCCCCCACCCCCUCAGGGGAGGAUCAUGUCCAGUCUGUCUGUCUCCCAAGGUUUGCUCUCAGAUCUGGAAUUAUCCAGUCUUGUGUUUAUUUUGUAUUUUUCCUAGAGGGAUCCCCUUUGUUCUGUGCAUCCUGCAACGCCAUCUCUUCCAGCCCUUCUCAUCAGACUCAGCCCACUCCAGCAACCUCCCAGCCUAGAACACCCCCAGUGCCACCCCGCUCUCUGCUUCCUGUCUUCCCUGCUUCUCCCAAUAUAGCUGCAUCACUUUCCACUGGGAGGAUGUGGAGGAUGUGAGGUGGACAUGGACCCAGUGUUCACCUUUGGGUCUUCUCUGUCCUGCCCACUCUUGGUGACCUUGGUAUAAAGCAGGGGAAAUUUGACUUCUCUUUGGUUUUAUCUCUCUGUCUGUCCCAUCUGUUCUCCUCUGCCUUUCACCUUCUCCAGAUCAGCUCAUGUUGGCAGAACCUCACCCACCUGAAGCAACAGCAUUCGCAGUUUGCGGAAUCCCCCCAGACCCAUGAAAGGUGACUGAGGACAUGAUACUGGGCCACAGUCCUUGUUAGGGCUCCUCUGUCAUCUGACCACUUUCCUUCCUCACCUUCCUGGGAGCCUUCGCAUCCUUUUGUCUACCCCACUGACCCUGUUCCCCCUUCUUGCCUUCAUGUGCUCUUUGAAACUAAGGGAAGAGUCUUUGGUUUCCUCUGCUAUCAUGGAAGGACUGAGGCAGUCAGGGUCUGGAGUCCUUGUCACACCACAUCCAAAGCCACCUAUGCCACCUCUGGGAAGAGAGACCUCAGCUAGCAGUCUUGGAAACCCAAGUUUGAGCGUCCCGGUUUUAUGGUUCUCCCAGAACACCAGAAUGACUCUAUGUGCUUUAAACAUCCUUUGUUUUGGGAUCCUACGAUCUCCACUGGAUCCUCUGGGCCCUGGUACCCCUGACUCUUCUCUUGGCUCUGCCUUUGAUUCUCUGUGCCUUAUUUUACUUCUCUGCACAGGGGGGCUCACCCACCACCUCUUUCCCAGCAUCUGCCUAGACCUCUUGUUACCUCUAGAGCUGGGCCUUGCCAACACGACUUGCCAUAGGAGUACCAGGUUGCCAAGGCAACUGGGGGUACUUCUGAGGACUAGUGUCUCUCAAACUCUGUCCCGGUAGUAGAGCGUCACCAGGAAAGGUGACAGAAGUGCAGAUUGUUGGCCAUGUCCAAGACCCAUGGAAGCAGGCCCAGGAAGUUAGGGUUUGAAAGAGCAUCCGGGUCAUUCUGAUGUAGACAAGUUUGCCAACGACAACAAGGUUGUUGGUCUAGAUGAGCUUGGGCAGUACCUGGGCCUGGCCUGGGCCAAGAACAGUGGAAAACAACCAGUCAACCAGACUUGUAGAUCCAGGGCCUCUGUCCCUGAAUAAAACAUCACUGUGGUGUCUCCUAUUUUUGGAAGCUGGAAUGGGGGGCGGGGGAGACAGCCCUGCAGCUUUCCUGUUACCUCCCUGGCUCCAUUUCAGCCCAGCUCACCAGCCCCAUCUAAUUUGCAUUUUGUGGAAAUCUGUAUACAUGGUCCCAACAGACAAGCACGGGGAUGGGGGAGUCCCCAGAGGCAGGAGGUAAAAAGGACCCUUUUCACUUUUCCCUUAGGAUCCUCAUCAUUGCCCAAGGGAAGGACACUUGCUGCAAGAAGAGAAUUCCAAGCCCUGUCCCCAUCAACACUCCCACACCACACCUCCUUAUCCUCCCAAUCCCAGGGAGACCUGUAACAGUGCCAAAAACCAGUUCCAAAACCCAGCACCUGGGAAAAAGCUAGAAACUGCCUUUCCUCAUCCUGGCUCCCCUCCCCCACCUGGCCAAUACUGUGAAGCCCCUUCCUGCUCAGUCGUGGGCCCUGGGGGACCCCUCAGGAGGGAAGGGACCAAGGGCAUCUUUGGGCCAACUAUCCACCUCUCCCUUCCACUAUUCUCCCUUCCUCCCCCUUCUUUCCCUUCUCCUCUUCUUCCUUCCACUAUCCCCACCUGCCUUUCUGCCUUUAAAGGCUCCUUCCUGCGAUGGAUUGGGUGAUAGGAGGACCGUAGUCUAGUCCACCAGCUCUCCUCGCCCUGUGUCUUAUUUCAGACAUGGCAACUGUACAGUGUAAACUUACAAAGUGUUUUUAAUGGUUGUAGAUUGGAAAUAAAGUA